AUGGGAUUUCCACAGGAGCAGACAGCCAUAUGGGUGGAUCUCAUGGGUAUCGAUUUUGUCACUCAACGCCACUUUUUGCCGUUGAUUGUACUGGAGCGGUAUGGGAAAGACGUGCGAGAAAAAAUGUUGAGCUCAGAGCUUGAUCUUGGCUAUUUUGAACGGUUAACGAUCGAGUCGCGUGUCGCCGAGGUCAUCAAGCAGCUCUUUGCAAGCUCUCAACUCCGACAAGUCUUUCGCCUUCAUGGAGAUGUGGCCUUCGAAAAUCAUGCGAAUACAUUGACGGAUGAAUCAAAGAUAGUCGCCAAUAUGGGAUCUCUGAGCUUGGCACAGGAACAACCGCGUCGCUCAGGGCGGUUGGCCGCAAAGCAGUCCCGUAUGUCUCGAUUACCCCUUCCGGCUCAGCCAGCUGCGAAGCACCAAGGGCCUGCGCUGCGGAAGGCUUCUCGACCCCGAGCGGAUCAGUUUUGUGUGUACAACAAAGGCCCCGAGGAAAAAGUUCCGGCCUUGAUUGUCGAAUACAAAGUGCCACAUAAGCUCACGCUCGCUCACAUAAAGGCGGGAAUUUUCGACAUGGACCUCGAGCAGGUGGUCCGUUACCAGGAAAUGGAGAAGCCAGAAUAUACUUGCGGGCGCGUUGUGGCUGCAGUCAUCACACAAGCGUUUUCCUACAUGAUCAAUGGAGGGCUGGAGUACGGCUAUGUGUAUACUGGCGAGGCAUUUAUCUUUCUUCGUGUUCCACACGACGAUCCUUCCACUGUAUACUAUUAUCUAUCGGUGCCGAGAGAAGACGUUGGUGAUACAACUGGAUGGACCGGUAACCCAAGUGACGAUAAUAGAUUACACUUGACAGCACUCGGCCAGGGGUUGGCCUUUACCCUCCGAGCUUUGCAAACACCGCAGCGGGGCAUUCAGUGGAAAAAUUGGGUGGCGAGCAAACUGGACACUUGGGAAAUGAUAUAUGACGAUCUUUGGGGCGAAAUAUCGGAGCUCGAUAUGCCCUCUUCCGUAUUCUAG